GCUUAGUGUUGCAUGCACCAUGUUUUUGGGCCUGGCCAUCGCUUUGCCCAGUCAUCACAUCGAGCGACACAUACCCUAUGGCAUGGAUGACUUUUAUCCAUUCAUUGCCAGAAAUUCCUCCGAUAUCCUGCCGUUGUCUAAGAAUCUAACGCAAAUUCAACGACUGCGUUGGGCCGAUAAGUGUGUGCAGUUCAGAAAUAAGUGCACAUUAGCAGAGCACUGCUGCAGUUUAAGAUGCCUGAAACGUUUUUACCGAUGCAUUACCUAAGUUGUAUACAAAUGAUUGCCCCUAAAAGUAUCUUAUUUAAAUAAAAAAUCUCCUAACUAGAUGAGCAUGACACUGUUGACUUGG